GGACCCGAAUCGAACGGACCAGAGAAGCCAGCGGUCGAUUAGACCUUUCCCAAUUCCCGAUUCUGAAGGAGCUCUGGCCGAAGUACCAAGGUCGUUGCCUCUGACGCUUCUCUCUGUUCUGUCUUCGGGUUUUAAUCUCUCUACAUGGCUGGAACAGCUGAUGGUGGUGGCCAUUCAAGUUUCCCUCAUGUUGUCCUCAAUGAACGCAUACUUUCUUCCAUGUCGCGGAAGUCUAUUGCUGCUCAUCCAUGGCAUGAUUUAGAAAUAGGACCUGGAGCUCCUGCAGUUUUCAACUGUGUAGUUGAAAUUGCUAGAGGUAGCAAGGUUAAGUAUGAACUAGACAAGCAUAGCGGUCUUAUCAAGGUUGAUCGUGUUCUUUACUCUUCAGUUGUGUACCCACACAACUAUGGUUUCAUCCCUCGGACAAUCUGUGAGGAUAGUGACCCCAUGGAUGUGCUUAUAUUGAUGCAGGAGCCAGUGCUGUCUGGUUCUUUUUUGCGUGCCCGUGCUAUUGGGUUGAUGCCGAUGAUUGAUCAGGGGGAGAAGGAUGAUAAGAUAAUAGCUGUCUGUGCUGAUGAUCCUGAGUUUCGUCACUACAAGGACAUCAAAGAUCUUCCUCCUCAUCGCCUUGCUGAAAUUCGCCGCUUCUUUGAAGAUUACAAGAAGAAUGAGAACAAAGAAGUUGCAGUCAAUGACUUCCUUCCAGCUGAAGAUGCCAUCAAAGCAAUCAAAUAUUCAAUGGAUCUGUAUGCUUCCUACAUCGUUGAAAGCUUGAGGCAGUGAAUUUUUCCACCACCGAUUAUGCAUCAGUAUAUCAUUAGCAAACAUAUGCAGUCAAUGCAAUAUAUAAUGUUUCUACCUCUCCUUGUAUCAGGAGUCUUUUGAAACUCGUAUAUUUAUCCUAUUCUGAUGCAUAACUCUUGCUGCUUUUCUGCC